GCGAGUUGUUUUGAUUUUAGCGGACGCGGAUUUUGGCUCGAUCUUGGUUCUUUUUUCUCUAGAAAUAUCAGAUACAGCAGUAUGUCGCGCAAGGAAGCGUUAUCUCAGUUUAUCAACCAAAUCCACGGGCGACCGGUAGUCGUGAAGCUGAACAGCGGCGUCGAUUAUAGAGGUGUGCUGGCAUGUUUGGAUGGCUACAUGAACAUCGCCCUGGACCAAACGGAAGAGUACGUAAAUGGGCAGCUGAAAAACAAGUACGGCGACGCCUUCAUCCGUGGCAAUAACGUUCUCUACAUUUCCACACAAAAAAGACGAGUGUAAUGGGGGCCCGUGAAUGAAAUAAAGCGAGACUUUUCCUUA